UAUCGACACAUCACAAAGCUUACGCGCGCGUUUACUUGUUUUUCAUCAAAGAUUUCUGUCCUUUCUGUUACAAUUUUUUCAAAAUAUAAUGCCUUCUGAGGAUAUGGAGUGCAUCCCAUCGACAUCAAAGGCUCCUCCGGUGAAGCCCUCACAGAAAAAGCAUCUGCCAUGGAUUGAAAAGUAUCGUCCCACAAAAUUCGAGGAUAUCGUAGGGAAUGCAGACACUGUCAGUCGCCUGGGAAUCUUUGCGACCCAAGGAAAUGUUCCCAAUAUUAUUAUUGCGGGACCUCCGGGAGUUGGGAAGACAACAACAAUCCUCUGCUUGGCACGAAUACUUCUUGGUGCAAGCUUCCGGGAAGCUGUGUUGGAGCUUAAUGCUUCAAAUGAGCGUGGAAUCGAUGUUGUACGGAAUAAGAUUAAGAUGUUUGCUCAGCAGAAGGUGACCCUGCCGCCGUCGCGACAGAAGAUUGUGAUUCUCGAUGAAGCAGACAGCAUGACGGAGGGGGCACAACAGGCACUGAGACGAACAAUGGAGAUUUACAGCAGUACCACGCGGUUUGCCCUGGCGUGCAACAAUAGUGAGAAGAUAAUUGAACCCAUUCAGUCUCGAUGUGCCAUGCUGCGCUUCACGAAGCUAUCAGAUGCUCAAAUCCUUGCCAAAUUGAUUCAAGUAUCGCAGCAGGAAGGUUUGGAAUACACGGCAGAAGGUCUCGAAGCGAUCGUUUUCACUGCACAAGGGGACAUGAGGCAAGCUCUGAAUAAUCUUCAAUCAACGGCAAAUGGUUUUGGAAGCAUAAAACCGGAUAAUGUGUUCAAGGUGUGCGAUGAACCGCAUCCAAUUUUAGUGCAGGAAAUGCUUGAGCACUGCAGCCAAGGAGACAUCCACAAGGCGUACAAAAUUAUGGCAAAGCUCUGGAAGCUCGGCUAUUCAGCAGAGGACAUCAUUGGGAAUAUUUUUCGUGUGAGCAAACGCAUGAAUUUGGAUGAAAAGGUAAAAUUGUAUUUUAUCCGUGAAAUUGGGGAGACUCACAUGAAGAUUGUCGAUGGAAAUAAUUCCCUGGUGCAGAUGUCGGGUCUCCUGGCGCGUCUCUGUGAACUCUCACACAAAUUUCAAUGAAUCUCCGCACAUCUAUACAAAAAUAUCACCCAAAUAACAUCAUCUACUUUACACUUUAUUUCCUCUCUCCACAAAAAAACAGAUCUGCCAACAAUUUUUUUUCAUCAAAAAAUCUUUUGUAUUUUCUUAGAAAACAGUGAGAGAAAAAAAAAACAUUUCAGCUACUGA